AUGACAGAGAUAAUAACUGCAAUCGCUAACCCAAUUAAGUCGACCAAGGAAAGGGCCAAGAAAAUUGCUUCAAUGAAGAUGUCAAGUCAAAGCAAGGAUUCGACUGCUAACUUGAAAUUCAAAUACAGAUAUUACUGUUAUUACAUGCAGGAGCUUCCAAUUCAGUUUUCCCAGUAUGAGCAUCCAGUUGUUUUGACAGUUGAGGAAGGGGAAAAAUAUGUUGGACAUUUAGGGGGUGGGAUGAGUAAAAAUCUAUUUUUGAAGGACAAGAAACACAGGUUUUAUGUUGUUUCUGCUUUGGCCAAUACCAAAGUAGAUAUAAAAGUAUUAUCUCAGCGGCUGGGUUUAGGAAAAGGUGGUCUGAGAAUGGCGCCCGCAGAGGCUAUAGGAGAAAUACUUCAGGUGCCCUUGGGUUGCGUCACUCCGUUUGCGCUAGUGAAUGUAUCAGCACGAGAUGUUUCGCUGUUGUUGGAUCAAGGGUUCAAGACUCAGGAGCACUGCUUCUUCCAUCCGCUGUCAAAUGACAUGUCCAUAUCUCUAAACACCCGUGAUCUUGACAAGUUUCUUAAGUCAAUAGGAAGGGAUCCCUCUUAUGUUGAUUUCGAGGCCAAUCCUACAGUGGGGAAAGAUCAACCCCCUGAUCUAGUUGCACUAGUUCCAUCUGGUUCAAUAGUUUUGCUUGAUCAACCAGAAAAGCAACCUUCAUCACAAGCUCCUACAGAUGGAAACCAUGUUUCUCUGAUUACCUGA